GGCGGUCUUCUCUUCCAAACAUGAAGUGGGAUGGACUCCAAGCUAUGGGAUUAUACGACAAACCCUGAAACCAUCUAAAUAUUACUUUCUGCUAAUUCCUCCAAAUCCCCUUCUCUCGCGCUAUCAGACCCAAAUCUCUCUCUCUCUCUCUCUCUCUCUCUCUCAAAAAACUUAUCCGAAGGGUGCAUUUCGCGUUUGGGCGUGCCGCUCUGAAGCCUUCCCGGACCUGCUUUUGUUACUAGUUCUUGUUUUGGGCUUUUUUCAAUGGAUGGAAACAAUUGGAGACCUGCUCAUGGGGAAUCCAACAUGGAUAGUAGCGAUUCCAACAUGGACGGUAUUGAUUGGAGGACCCGUUUGACCACUGAUUCUCGACAGAGGCUCGUUAAUAAGAUAAUGGACACGUUAAAGAUGAACUUGCCGAUUUCUGCUCCCAAUGGGUUAGUGGAACUCAGGCAAAUUGCUGCAAGAUUUGAGGAAAAGAUUUUUACUUCUGCCACAAGUCAGGAUGAUUAUCUGCGGAAAAUAUCUAUGAAGAUGCUUACGAUGGAGACUAAAUCUCAAACAAGUGGUGUGACACUAUCAAACUCUGCCACUGGGAACCAGAAUUCCCUAGACCCAGCACGCAACCAAGGGCAGUCACUACCAAUUCUUGCGGCUAGUCAGUCUCAACAGCGGCAGCAGCUUUUACCCCAAAACACACAAAACUCCAUUGCAUCUUCUGCCGUACAAAAUUCUUCAUCCAGUUUGCAAUCAGUACUAUCAUCAAUGACAGGACUGACACAAAUGUCCAUGUCCAAUGCUGUCGAUCAGAACUCCAAUUUACAAUCUAUGUCCGAAAUUUCACAGAACUCCAUGGGCAACUCAAUAGGACAAGGAUUACCGUUGAAUAAUUUCACCAGUUCACAGAGACAGAUGCAAGGAAGGCAGCAGCAUCUGCAGCAGGUCGUACCCCAGCAACAAAACCAGCAGCAGUCUCAGAAUCCACAGCAGAUGAUUUAUCAACAGCAGCUUCAGCAACAUAAUUUGAAGCAGAAGCUUCAGGGGAAUAUUCAACCCUUGCUUCGGCAGUCACAUUUCCAGCAGCAGCAGCAGCAGCCCCUCAUGCAAACAAACCAAAUGCAACCUUCUCAGCCAUCCCUUAUGCAACAAAUGCCAUCUGGUCUCCAGUCGAUCCAGCCAACUCUUCAGCAGCAGCCUUCUAUGAUGCAGUCAAAUCCGCAGUCUGGCCUUCAACAAAAUCAACAGACUUCUGUUCAGCAGAAUCAACAGACUCUUGUUCAACAGAACAUGCCAUCUGGUAUUCAGCAAUACACACAAUCGGCCCUCAGGCAGCAGCAGCAGCAGCAGUCGCAGCGAUCUUCCAUGCACCAGCAGACAUCGGUUCUUCAGCAACAGCAAACACAAAGCGCUCAGCAGCAGAUCCUAUCGUCGCAGCCUCAACAACCGCUAAUGGGGCAGCAACAAAGUGCAAUAAACAUGCUGCAGGAUCAGCUCCUUGGACAACAAAACAAUAUACCAGACAUGCAGAAGCAGCAGCAGAGGAUGCCCGGCCCACAGAAUAAUCUUUCAAACAUGCAGCAGCACCAGCAACAGUUAUUGGGUCAGCACAAUAACAUCUCAAACUUACGUCACCAGCAGCAGCAGUUGGGCCCUCAAAGUACUGUUUCUGGACUCCAGCAGCCACAACUGGGCCCUCAAAGUGCUGUUUCUGGACUACAGCAGCAGCAGCAGCAGCAACAACAAUUACUUGGGUCCCAGCUUGGAGUGUCGAACCAGCAGCAGCACUCAGUGCAUAUGUUGCAGCCAGCCAAGGUUGCAGCACAUCAGCCACAAAACCAGCAGACAUCUUCAACGGUGUUGCCAUCACAACUGCAGCAGUCGCAAUCACAACCACCACAGCAGCAGCUCAUGUCUCAGUCCCAGCCAGCACAACUGCCACAGCAGAAGCCAUUGCAGCAGCAGCCGAACUUGUUACAACGAGAUAUGCAGCAAAGGACACAAACAUCAGGUGCUUUACCACAGUCUCAGAAUGCAAUCGAUCAGCAGAAGCAACUAUUUCAGCCACAAAGAGUGCUUCCAGAGGCAUCAUCAACAUCAAUGGAUUCCACAGCCCAGCCAGGACAUGUGGGUGUACCUGAUUGGCAAGAGGAUGUUUAUCAGAAGAUUAAAUCCAUGAAGGAAUUGUAUCUACCAGAACUGAACGAAAUGUACCAGAAGAUAGUUAUGAGGUUCCAGCAGCUAGAUGCUCCCAUACAGCAGCCGAAGCAGUCGGAACAAAUCGAGAGACUAAAAUGGUACAAGGCCAUGUUAGAGCGCUUGAUAGCAUUCUUGCAGGUGCCCAAGAGCAAUAUUUCACCUGCUUACAAAGAGAGACUGUCUCAUUUCGAGAAGCAGAUUGUUGGUGUUCUCAGCUCCAGGAUAAAGAAGCCUGCUUUACAGCAGCCUGGACAGCAACAACUUCAGCCCUCUGUUGGUCAAUCACUCUUAAUCCCGCAGCAACCACAAUCUCAAAAUUCUCAGCAGCAGCACGACAAUCUCGUAAACCAGAUGCAGCCGAUGCGCGCACAAGGUCCGGUGGCAUCUAUGCAUUCAACUACCACGACAAACUUACAGCAUGCCACCCAGCAGAACAUGAUGAAUGCUCUUCAGACUGGUUCUAGUUUGGAUUCGACUGCACUGGGAAGUGGGCUCAAUUCAUUGACGCAGGGGGCUAUGGGCUCCCUGCAGCAGAACAUUAGGGGAUCCCUGCAGCAGAACACCAUGGGAUCUUUGCAGCAGAAUACUGUCCAUGUUCCACCCCAGCAGGCUAAAAUUAAUACAUUGUCACAAGGUGGUGUGAAUCCAUUACAGCCUAACAUCGAACCAAAUUCUACCGUGCUCCAACAGCAGCAUCUGAAGCAGCAGCAAGAACAGCAGCUUAUGCAACCACAACAAUUGAAGCAGCAAUACCCACCGCGCCAUGUGCUCCAGCAAUUGAUUCAACAACAGCAGAAGCAGCAGAUAUUGCAGCAGCAACCACUAAUGCAGCAGUUACACCAGCAACAAAAGCAGCAGCAAUCUGCACAAUUACAGCCACACCAAAUGCCCCAGCUUCAUCAGAUGAAUGAAGCCAACGAGUCGAAGAUGAGGUCUGGUGCAGGACCGGACCUGUUUUCACAGCAGCAACCAGUGGGGCAACGCUUGGCAUAUCAGCAGCAGCUGAAGAUUGGUGCUCCAUUUCCGACUUCUUCUCCUCAACUGCAGUCCGUGUCCCCUCAAAUUUCACAGCACUCGUCACCUCAGAUUGACCAGCAAAGUCUUCUACCAUCUCUCCCGAAAGCUGCAUCGCCUUUGCAAUCUGCCACCUCCCCCUUCGUUGUUCAUUCUCCUUCGACUCCCUUAUCCUCCUCUCCUAUACCACUGGACCCUGAGAAACCUUUAUCUGGUAUUUCCUCAAACUCAAAGGCUGGGAAUCUUUUGACGUCUGGGAUGUCGCCGUCUCUCUUCCUCCAAGAUUUUACUAGUCCAGAUGGUAAUCAGGGUGGCAAAUCAAGUACAGUAGAGCGGCCCUUGGAGCGCUUAAUUAAAGUGGUCCAAUCAGUGUCACCUGAAGCAUUUACUUCCUCUGUCAGCGAUAUUGGCUCCGUGGUCAGUAUGAUUGAUAGGGUAGCAGGAUCUGCACCUGGUAAUAGAUCUAGAGCUGCUGUUGGCGAAGAUUUGGUGGCCAUGACAAAGUGCCGUUUGCAAGCGAGAGACUUCAUAUCACAAGAUGGGGGUGCCACGACUAAAAAAAUAAGGCGCCACAUCAGUGCCAUGCCCUUGAAUACUGUGCCAUCAGCUGGUAGUGUAAAUGAUAGUUUCAAGAGGCUAAACAGUUUAGACACGUCCGAGUUAGAGUCAACUGCAACGUCUAAAAUCAAGAGGCACAGAGUUGAGGUCAACCAUGCACUAUUGGAAGAGAUCAGGGUGAUAAACCAGCGGUUAAUUGAUACUGUGGUGGAGAUCUGUGACAAGGACGUUGAUUCAAAUGCAGCUGCCGCUGAAGGCGAAGGGACUGUUGUCAAGUGCUCCUUCUGUGCUGUGGCUCUCUGUUCAAACCUGAAGUCGCAGUAUGAUUCAGCACAGAUGUCUCCCAUCUCGCCCUUGCGACUGCUGGUUCCCGUCAAUUAUCCAAAUUGCUCCCCUAUACUUUUAGACAAGUUGCCUAUCGAACCAAGAAAGGAGCUUGAGGAUCUGUCGGCAAAGGCGAAAUCUAGGCUCAAUAUCUACCUCCGUGGCAUUUCACAGCCCAUAUCACUGGCGGAGAUGGCUAGGACUUGGGAUGUUUGUGCCCGCAAGGUGAUAGCUGAAUAUGCACAAGAGAGUGGAGGAGGCAGCUUCAGCUCUAGGUAUGGGACGUGGGAGAAUUGCAUCAGUGCUUGAUCACAGCAUUGCCGGUAUGAGAAUUGAUGUCCCCGGGUGGUAUUGUAUCUAUUAUAUUCUGUUCCUACUCAGAAAACGGAGCUGUUUCGGGUUCGUAUGGCACUGUUGAAUGUGUCUGCUGUCAUGCAAGGGGUUUAAAGCCUCCCUUCUGUAAAGCUUAACGCUGAUCUAGACGCGCGCGUGUGUGUGUGUAUACUUUUCCAUUUACUCUGCACAGUUAGUCGUUGGAACUUCUCUUUUCUAGCUCAUGUUUGGCUUCAGGUCAGGCAGACGGCGGUGAGAUUUGGGGUGUGUUUGGAUGCUCGAUUGAAUUAAAUUGCAAUUUGUUUAAUUUUUUUAAGGGGUAA